AUGCCAUUCUCGUGGAAGCAGUUUUCAGUAUGUGGAUCAAGGUAUUGCGAAAUCGUUCCCUGUCAGUCUCCCUCUCACGAGCUCUUCAGAUUUGUAUUACCUGAUUACUACUCCGUUAUCAAACCAAUCGGGCAAGGCGCCUAUGGCAUAGUUUGUUCUGCAACCAACCAACGAACAGGAAAGAAUGUUGCCAUCAAAAAGAUCGCGAAUGCGUUUGAACAUGUCAUUGAUACAAAGCGCACUCUACGAGAAGCGAAGCUCUUGCGAAUGAUAAAGCAUGAGAAUGUCAUCUCGAUUGAAGAUAUUUUGCCACCUGUGGAUUUUGUCUCCUUCAACGAUGUUUAUGUAAUUUCGGAAUUGAUGGAUACCGAUCUUCACCAGAUAAUUACCUCACCUCAACCGCUUAGUGACGAUCAUGUGCAAUAUUUUAUGUAUCAGAUACUGCGAGGAAUGAAAUAUAUACAUAGCCUUGACGUGGUCCAUCGAGAUUUGAAACCCAGCAAUCUGCUAGUGAACAGCAACUGUGACCUCAAGAUCUGUGACUUCGGUCUGGCCCGAGCUCUCGGUCCAGCUGACGACCAGUCUUCCUUCCUCACCGAGUACGUGGCGACGAGGUGGUACCGAGCUCCCGAGGUGCUGGUGUCUUGGUGUAGAUAUUCGAAGGCGUUGGACAUGUGGAGCGUUGGAUGCAUUCUAGCAGAACUGCUGGGCCGGAAACCUAUCUUCCCAGGGAAGAAUUUCAAGCACCAGAUCGAACUGAUCUGUAACAUUUUGGGGACACCAACGUCGGAGGAUCUUGUCGGAGUGACGUCGGAGAGGGCGAAACAAUACUUGGAGAACCUGCUUCCUCGUCCGAAGAAAGAUUUCAAGAUGAUCUACACCGCUGCCUCGGCUCCUGCUAUCGAGCUGCUGGAGAUGCUGCUCACCUUCGAUCCGGAUCGUCGCUUCACUGUCGAGCAGGCACUCGCAUGCAACUUUUUGUCUUCACUGCACGACGAGAACGACGAGCCAAGAGCUGAACAUCCUCUCAACUUCGACUGGGUGAGGCUCCUCGUCCUCGUCCUCGUCCUGCCUCGCCAUCUCCAUCCCCCCUCUUCCCCGGGUUCUCAUCCUUUCCGUGUCCUCGUCCCUUGA